AUGGUGGAACGAUUGAUGGGACUAGGUUCCUCUUUUUUUGUAGAUCUUUCUGAUUGUUAUUCUUCAUAUUGGGCGGUAUAUCUCUUCUUCCAUCAUGUCAACAUCCCUCUCGCCGCCUUUAGGUUCGCUCUUCCGUGCAGCGCUCUGGCGUCUCCAUUACUCGUCGCUGAAAUCUCCUUACUGGCUUCCACUGAUCGAGUAAGAGACGAAUUCCAUUUUGCAGAACAGAUUCGUUAUAUCACCUUAUGGUAG